CACAACACUUGAAUUUGGAAUAUAUAGUAGUCCUGUGUGAUUUUAUGUCUGUUGCUGAGCUUCUGUAGAUUAUAUAUUUAUUUAACCAAUCAUCACGGAACCCUGGUGCAUUUCAUUUAACCUUAAUGAAGCAUUCAUUCAAUAUUACCACCCGAUAAUAGGAAAAGAGUUUGCCGGAGAUGGAUCCCAGGGAGGGGAUGCCAUUCGGCUGGCCGCCGGAGAGUGUGCGCCGCCGGCCGCCGCCACCUCCGGCCGAGUAUCUGGCGGCCCAGUACCACCCGCCGCCGCCGGGCCUGUACCCGCCCCACUCGCUGGCCGGCGCGCCGCCGCCGUACGCCGGUCUGCAUGAGCACGAGCUGGGCGGCGGGCCGGCGCCGGCGCACUACCCGCCGCCGCCGGACCCGUUCUUCCAGGCGCCGCCGCCGCCGCCGCCGCCGCCGGCCGAGCGGCUACUCUACCAGGAGGAGCCGUACUACAUGCCGCUGCACGAGCCGCCGCCGCUGCCGCCGCCGCAGCACCAGCAGCACUACAUGCUGCAGCCGGACGAGCUGCACGGCCUGCGCCUGCAGCACGGCCGGCUGGGCGCGCUCGGCGGCCACGACGGGCCGCUGCAGCGCCACCUCAGCUCACCGGCCGGCCUCCUGUCGGCGCCGCCGCCGCUGCCGCCCGUCUCGGCACCGUUCCACGCCACCACGGCGCCCUCGGCGCUGCGCUUCUCACCGCGAUUGGCCGCGUUUGGGGCCGAGCCCGAGCAUGAAGGGGACGGCGAGUUUGGUACAGCACGCAUCAGUGACAACCUGGCGGCCCAUCUCAGUCAGAUGGAGGCCCCGCCGCCGCAGCUGGAGCCGAGUCCGCCGCCGCCGGCCGCGGCACCCUCCUUCCUGAGCACUCUGUUCGGUGGCUGGCGCGGCGACGCGGCCACGGCCGACUCCGGCCUGCCCGUGUCGUUCGGGGUGAAGCCGGCAGACACGCCGCCGUCGCCGCCAUCCACGCCAGUCGCAGACAUGGUCCAGGAGCUGGGUGUGACGGUGGCGGCGCCGGCCACCCCGGAGCCGGCGCCCGCCAGUCCGACACCGACUCCCGUGGUCGUGACGCGCGCUGAGCCGGCUCGUCCGAGCUACUCGGCCGUGUUGGCCAAGCCGCGGCCGCCGCCGGCCCCUCCGGCCGCCGCGCAGCGGUCUGUGGACUCGGGAUCGGUGGCUGGGCGUCAGCAGAGUGGUGGGCCUCGCGGGCAGACGGCGCGCGCCGGCGAGUCGGAGAGUGGCGGUGGCUCACGGCGCGGCGGCCGCGGUGGUCGCCGCCGCCGCUCCUCGGCAGACACAGUGACCAGGGCAGCGGCGCGCGGCUCUCCGGCUGGAGGUACCCCUGCGCGCCAGCCGACUGCCCCCGCCGGCCGGCCUGCCCAGGAGCAGCAGCCGCCGCCACCACCACAGGUGCCCGGCAAACCUGCAGAUACCAGCAAGAAGAAGAAACGGAGCGGCAAAUCAUCACGCUCUGAGUCCUCCGACUGCUCGGUGGCCGGCCGGCGCGCCGAGACGCUCAACAACAACCCGGACCGGGCGCAGCCGACCGUCCAGCGCCGGCCGCUCAACUAUAACAACAACCUGGGCGCCUCGUCCACCCUGGGGCCGGCGCAGACCCAUGUGCACGCGCCGCCGCCGCCGCCCACCGCCGGCGACACCAAGAAAAUCGACGUCAAUGUCGGCAAACAGAAAAACUGCGCCGGAAAAACGUCCAACGAGAGCAAGAAAGUCGCCGAAGAGACGAUGGACAAGCCGGACAACAAGACGCUGUCGCAGUCUCGGGGCUCCCAGCCGCUCAAUCUGCUCACACCCGGCGGUGCCGCCAAGUCGGAGCGUGUCAGCAAGGAGCUGGCGUUCCGCGCGCGGCCGGGCCGGGCGAGCGGCCGCGGCCGGCGCGAGGCCGGGGAGCCGACCUCUGACCUGCUGCGCCGGCUGGCGGCCCAGCUGACGCCGGGGGUGGCGCUGGUGGGCACGCUGCUCGCCUGGCUGGCGCACCUGGUGUGUGACGUGACGCUCAUGUCGUCCCGGCUGCUCGGUGUGCUGAUACUGUCCGUGGUGGAGGCGGGCCGACUGCGCGCCUGCCGCGCCGCCGGCCGCGCCCGCGCCGCGGUCACCUCCCGACUGGCGGCGAUACGCGACUGGUGGAGUCGGCCUGCCGCCUCCGGCACCGCCGGCUCCGGACUGACGGCCAAUAUCUCCCUGCCGGCCACCGGCGAGGACGCCAUGAAACGACUGCUGGCCUGCAAGGAUAAGGACCCGUACAGUAUUCUGGGUGUGACGCACAACUGCUCGGACGCCGAUAUUAAAAAGUACUAUAAGCGUCAGGCAUUGCUCGUCCACCCGGAUAAGAGCCGCUCACCGGGCGCCGACGAGGCCUUCAAGAUUCUGCGGCGCGCCUUCGAGCUGAUCGGAUUACCAGAGCAGCGGGCGGCGUUCGACGCCCAGGCCAAGGAGCAGCGCGAGGUGGACCUGGCCUUCCGACAGUACACCGAGGAACUCAUGACCCGGCUCCGCGAGAAGAUCGAAGAGACCCAGAACACGCUCCGAUGCAACAACUGCAACCAGCGCCACCGUCGCAGUCGCACACAGCGACCGUGCUACGCGGCGCGGGCCUGCGCCACCUGCAAGAUCCAGCACGCGGCCAGAGAGGGCGACAUUUGGGCGGAGAGCCGGUGGCUGGGCCUGUUCUGGCGCUACUACGCCUGUAUGGACGGCGGGGUGUUCGACAUCAGCGAGUGGGCCGCCUGCCAGUCGCAGUCGCUCAAACACCUGCAGGCCAACCACCAUACGGUUCAGUACCGCAUCAUAUCGGGCGCCAAACGGCACCGGCCGCCCGCCGACGAGCCAUCUGACCGCGAUCUGGAGGACAUUCUCAGCAACCUGUACAACAACGGAUCGAUGUCUGGCGAGCCAGCGGCGGGCCAGCGGCGCCGCGGCGGCCGGCGACGCGCCCACUGAGCCGUGUGAGUGCGCCGCGCGCGCGAGGGACGGACGGGAUCGGAGCAGAUCUGCGCGGAGAGUGGAACUGUGCCGGGGAAGGCCGCGGUACUGAGACGGGCGGGCGGAGGGCGGUGAGUGCAGGCGACCAGUCCGUUGUAGGGCUGGAGGAGUGGCAGGGGAGGGUGUUCUUUCGUCUCGCGGUAGGACGUUCCUCUCCUCAUGCCAGUCGGCGGGUUGGGAACGGAUAUCCCUUCUGAUGAUGGGGAAAGGACUCCCUCCGCCGGAUGGAAGGGAUGGUGCGCGUGGGAGGGACGCUCUUCCUGCCAGGUCAGGGGGACGUCCAUUCUGCUGUCUGGGGAGGGACAGCCCUCCUCUGAUCGGCAGGUGAGGGACGUCCCUCCAUCCCCGGCUGGGAGGGACGCCCCCUCCCAGCAGGACAGACACGUGCCUCCGCUCGGAGGCAGGGAGGGACGACCCUCCAUCCGCCAGUCGCGCUGCCGUGGCCCGACCCAGCUUUGGGUAACAAUAAAAGACGAGACGGUGCCGCCGAGCGAGGCGUGCUGCCGGUCUCUGGGGGCUGGCGGUGACGGAAAGGUCGCGGGGGCAGUGGGAGGUCGUGCCGCGGGGAGGGGCGCACAGGGUGUCGACGGCUCUCGUACCGUGCUGGUGAAUGUGAGGCGAGCGAGAGCCCGCCGUUCGUAAAGCUACGCCCAUCUGCGGUGGAUCUCCUAGUAUUUGGAUCGGUAUUACCACCGCCCUAUGCACCAAUUCACCACCGGUACGGCUGACCAGUCGGGACUCCCGCACCUCUCACACUUUCGGAAAUCAGUUCUCGUUGCGAUGGGUGCACGGCGCCGGGCGCUGCGGGCUAUCAGUGUGCGUGAGAACGAAGGUGCUCCGGUAGGCGUGGGUGUUCGGUCUGGCGUGCACUGUAUAUCUGAGCGGUGUUCGUAUGCGUGCAGCGGCGGUUCGAGGGUCCGGGGCGGGUUGUUGUCGCGUUUUCGGCGGCCUGGCGGGCGAUCGGGCUGUGGGCUUGCGGGAAGGAGGCUUUGCUGUGAUGUGGUCUCUGCUGAGGGCCGCUGGCGGCGCCGGUCGGCGGUCCUGCGGCCGGCGGGGCUGUCGCCGCUGACCAGCCGGUCCGCCUCGCGGCGUUCUCUGGCUUCAGUCUCCUGUGGCCACCGUAUGCAAGCCAUAUGCAGUUUUAAGAGGAUAUCUCUGCCUUCUCGUCUCAAUGGCGUGCUUUCAGCUUUGAUUUGAUUUAUUUGCCUUGGUUUAGUUUGCUUAGCGGUUUCCUUCUAGGAUCGUUUUCUUCUUCUUCAGAGUUGCACUUGUUCGUGUUGGCCGGCUGUCGUGUUGGUAGGCUCGUAUUGCGUUUCAGCUCGGUUUUCAAACCUCGUGUGCUACUGAUAUGUAUUCUCUUUGGUAUGGUCUUUACAACACGACAUGAUUCAGAAUAAACAGACUUUGAAG